AUGGCAACUUACCAGGAAAGCACCGAGAAAUCCGAGAUAGCAAAACUCAUAUUCAACAAGGAUGGUGCAUUCCCGGCUUUCUUCGCGGUCUUCGAUUAUAUGCUCCACCAGAAAAACUUUUUAGUAGUCAAUGGCCAAGGACGGUCGACAUACAGAGGCAUUGGCGAUGCAGUGAGUCUCCUGAAGAGCUUCCCGCACAUAACGAAGAACGAAGCUGUCCAAAGAUUACACAGCAACAAUGGCACCGCUCCACUCAAGUCAAAUGCUUUGGAUGAUCUCAAUUCGGCUGUCAACAUGGUGAUCAUGGUGGACUGCGAUCCCUUUAGUUCACACACGUUGGGAUUCUCCAUAGCCGACUACAGUCCGAAAUCGUGGCAGCCAGAAGAAACAUAUUUAGACUUUGUCAAUCGUUCCUUUCCCGCUGAUCCCAAGCCCUCGAAGAGGGUACAAGGGAGUGCAAAGGCUUGGAAGUUGAAGAAGAUACUCGGCGUCAAGUUUCUGCCAACAGACGACCUCGAUAAGCACUUACUGUACGAUUCCAAGGACCCUCCUUGUGUCUAUCUCUUUCACCAGGUUGGGUUCUUGAAAGCCCAGCUGAAGAAGUACGAUGAAACAGAACGGCCGCUGGACUUGAGCGUGAGCGAAUGUCUCGAGAGAGGUUCUCCUCCAGUACGAUUAUUGUAUGAGACAAUACACUCGCUACAAUGGCUACUCUUCCACCGAGUCGAUAAUAAAUCCGACGCAAUUCUGAAUGAACUCAUUAACGAAAAGGAACGAGAUUUCGAUCCCGAAUGUGCAAAUUACGAGGGGUACAGGCGCUUAGAGGGCGAGGGCUUCACGUACAUGUAUUGGGGGGAACGGAUGAGAAAACUCGAAGCGGCUCUGGCUAAUCCGCCGCCGCGUAACAAGCUGGAGCGAUGGCUACAGUCGCAGACGAGUGAGAGAAACGCGUUGUUUAUAGCAUUGAUGGCAUUGUUUAUUUCCAUUUUCGUGGGACUGCUGACCGUCAUACUGGCGGCUGUCCAGACUUGGAUCGCCUGGAUGGCAUGGAAAUAUCCCGUGAAGUGA